GUCUAUGGGGUGUUUAUGGGGGUCUAUGGGGGGGAUAUGGGGGUCUAUGGGGUGUCUGUGGGGGUCUAUAGGGAUUAUGGGGGGAUAUGGGGGUCUGCGGGGCUCUAUGGGGUCUCUAUGGGGGUCUGUGGGGUUUCUAUGGGGGUCUAUGGGCUCUAUGGGGGCUCUAUGGGGGUCUAUGGGGGGUCUAUGGGGGUGUAUGGGGGGGAUAUGGGGGUCUGUGGGGUGUCUGUGGGGGUCUGUGGCGUCUCUAUGGGAGUCUAUGGGGGGCUAUGGGGGGGAUAUGGGGUCUCUAUGGGGGGAUAUGGGGUCUCUAUGGGGGUCUUUGGGGUCUCUAUGGGGGUCUGUGGGGGGAUAUGUGGGGUCUGGGGGGUCUGUGGAGGUCUAUGGGGUCUCUAUGGGGGUGUAUGGGGCUCUGUGGGGGGGGUUUCUGGGGUCUCUAUGGGGGUCUAUGGGGGAUCUGUGGGGGUCUAUGGGGGUCUAUGGGGGGUCUGUGGGGCCUGUUGGGGUUCUGUGGGGCUCUAUGGGGUCUCUAUGGCGGCUCUCGGGGGUAAUGACUGGGCUGUGGCUCACUAUGUGGCAGGGGAGGCGUAA